UUUACCUAGAUUGCUCCAGUAAAAACCCAACUGUAUAAAUGGGUAAUUGUAUGUAAAAUAAUGUGAUAUCUGUAUAAUGUGAAAUAAUGUAUAAUGUGAUAUGUUGUAACAAUUGUAAGUCGCCCUGGAUAAGGGCGUCUGCUAAGAAAUAAAUAAUAAUAAUAAUAAUAAAUAGUGUGGCCGCCAUGUGGAUGAUUCUGUUCAAUACAGCUUUGCAAAUAAAUACAUAUUUGAAGCGGCUAUAUUCUAAUACUUAUAAAAGAAUAAUAUUUUUUUUUAUUUGAGUGAUUUCUGUUAUUUACAGAGGCAGUUGUAUUUCCCAUUUUACUCGGUAAAUAGAAAAAAAAGAGAAUAUUGUUUAUACAUUCGUCCGCCAUUUUGACUGAACUGCAGUUAAAUAUAGUUCAAAACUUGAACGGUUUAUAAUAUGUGUUUAAGAUGUUCCAAAUAUGUAUUUGUCAUUUAUAUAGUACAUUUGUAUUGUAUGGUUACUAAAAAAAAAGAAUUAAAAAAAAAAGCACUUUAAAUAAGUUUCCUUUUAAUUAAUGCACCACGUGUGUAUUGUGUUUUACACAGUCAGUUGCCUGCAUGUAAAUUUCCAAUGUGCAAACGAGUGCCAGAGCUACCGUCCCAGGAAUACAUCUGAAAUUUCUAUAUGCUGUAUCUUCACUGUCCUGCAUUGCUAUUAUAUUUUAUUAAUAGUUCGUGGAGACCGGAGAUUACGAAGAGUGGAGGACUCGAUCCAUUGCAUCUACCGAGACGGCUUGUAAUAUUGCAGCGGGACUGUACAGUUCAGCAGAAGGACUUGUUUUUUUAUAUAUUUAAGGCCUCCGGAGGUACUUUAGUCGUUGUGCACAACUGAUAGAAACAUUUUGUUUUAUUCUAUAUUUUUAUUUCCAAUGUUUUUUUUUUUUUUUUUACUGUGAACAAUAUUGUAACAACUUUAAUUGCUACAUAUAUAUUACUUUUAUAAACAUUUUUUUCAUAAAGUAUAUUUGUUGUUGCUGAGUGAUUCUUUAUAAUAAAGUAACCUGGUAUAAAUAUAUUAAGGCAUCUGUAUAACGUAAAGUACGUUUUCUUAAGAAGGGUAUACGCAGCAUUAGAGAGAGAUCUCCAGAAUUCACAUAUAUUUUCCCUGAACUUAAUUCUCAAUGUGACUCAUUGUGAUAGUCGGUUACACUUACUCGGUGGGAACCUUUGUUACAGGGAGAUGUUGGAGAGCGGGAUUCUGGGAAGAGCUGAGUUCGUGGUUCCAGAUGUGUGAUUUUCAAUAAAGUGUGUUCAUUUAGAAGUAAUACACAGUCUACCGAGCAGAACCCCAUUUGAUACCGUGGACAGUGUAAAGAUGGAAUCAGUCCCGAUUAAAGAGGAGCUCCCUAAACUGGAAGUGGUCCCCAUUAGACUGGAGUUCUCUGGACUGUCUUCCCUCCCCAUUAAACAGGAGCUCUGUGAGAUGCAAUGUGACAGCAUCAAGUCGGAGGUGUCUGUGAUUAAAGCUGAGUGCAAUGAAUUGGAGAUCUCCCAGACAGAAGAACCCCUUCCUGUGAAUGAAGAGGUGCUGGAAAUGCUACCAAGCAGAACCACGUUUGAUGCCUUGGACAAUGUGAAGAUGGAAUCUGUCCCGAUUAAAGAGGAGCUCCCUAAACUUGAACUGGUCCCUAUUAGACUGGAGUUCACUGGACUGGCUUCCCUCCCCAUUAAACAGGAGCUCUGUGAGACGCCCUGUGACAGCAUCAAGCCAGUGGUGUCUGGAAUUAAAGCUGAGCGCAACGAACUGGAGAUCUCCCAGACAGAAGAACCAGUUCCUAUGAAAGAAGAGGUGCUGGAAAUGGUGCGUAUUAAACUGGAGCCCCUGAAAGAGGAGGUACUCUUGAAACCAGGGAAGGAAGAAUCUGAAGAUUUGAAAGCAGCCCCCACUGAGCUGGGUCCGGUACACCUGCGGGAGUGUAGCGUGGUGCUGGAGAGAAUCUGUGUGAGAAAGCAAGGCUCUGGAGAGGAAGGCUCUCUCAACAGCAUGCAAGGAGGUGGAAAGGAAGACGGGCAGUCACAUUCAGAAUGCAGUCUAGCAGGUUCCAGUCCAGCAGUUAAAGCAAGGACGGGUGCCACCCAGUUAAGGAAUUUAAAAAUACUGAAAGGAGAGAAAUUUAAAAAUACCAGAGGAGAGAAACCGUAUCACUGCUCUGACUGUAGUAAGAGUUUCACUCAGUCAGCAAAUCUUGUAAUACACCAGAGAGUUCACACAGGAGAGCGGCCGUAUCGCUGCUCUAACUGUGGAAAGAGUUUCAAGUCAUCAAGACACCUUACAGUACACCAGCGAAUUCACACAGGAGAGAAACCGCAUUGCUGCUCUGACUGUGGAAAGAGUUUUAGUCAGUCAGGAGACCUUGUGAUACACCAGCGAAUUCACACGGGAAAGAAACCCUAUCGCUGCUCUGACUGUGGAAAGUGUUUCAAAUCAUCGGGACACCGUACAACACACCAGCGAAUUCACACAGGAGAGAAACCGCAUUGCUGCUCUGACUGUGGAAAGUGUUUCAAAUCAUCAGGACACCGUACAACACACCAGCGAAUUCACACAGGAGAGAAACCGCAUUGCUGCUCUGACUGUGGGAAACGUUUCAGGAACUCAGGAAACCUUUCAAAACACCAGCGAAUUCACACAGGAGAUAAACCUUAUCGCUGUUCUCACUGUGGGAAGAGUUUCAGACAUUCAGGAAAUUUUGAAUCACAUAAGCGAACUCACAAAGGAGAGAAACCAUAUCACUGUUCUGACUGUGGGAAGAGUUUCAGUCGGUCAGAACACCUAUUAAUACAUCAGCGAAUACACACUGGAGAGAAACCGUAUCACUGUUCUGACUGUGGGAAGAGUUUCAGUCGGUCAGGACAACUUGUAACACACCAGCGAAUUCACACAGGAGAGAAACCAUAUUACUGCUCUGACUGUGGGAAGUGUUUCAGGGAUUCAACAGACCUUGUAAAACACCAGAGAAUUCACACAGGAGUAAAGCCAUAUCACUGCUCCGACUGUGGUAGAAGUUUCAGUCAGUCAGGACAACUUGGAAAACAUCAGCGGGUUCACACAGGAGAGAAACCCUAUCAUUGCUCUGAUUGUGGGAAGAGUUUCAGUCAGUCAAGAUCCCUUGUUACACACCAGCAAAUUCACACAGGAGAGAAAAAAAAGAAAAUGUAAAUAAUGUUCCUGCAUAAAAAUAACUUUUAUCCAUUUUGCUUCCUGACAUUUCAGCACUGCAGUGCGCUGCUGAAUAAUGUGGGUGCCCAAGCUGAGGAGACAGUCAGACAUGCUCCCAGAAAAUUCUUAAAUUUUACAAAUACUAAUAUCCAUGUUUUAGAAAUAGAUUGCUUACAGUGAGGUGUUUUUUUAAAUAUAAUUUGUGUUCAUUUUCAAAAUAAUAAAUAACAUAUAUAUAUGUAUGUGUGUGUAUAUAUAUAUAUAU